AUGCCCUUGCCCCCCUUUACUUCUGUAAUCGCCUUGGAUGGGACGACAAGUAGUGCUCAAAUACCGAGCUGCGCCAGAGUUGUAGAUAAUCAUGCUAGCCGUUUACGGGAUGUAUAUCAGGCCAUAAAUGACGCCAGAAGAAUUGUUGUACUCUGCGGAGCAGGAAUAUCAGUACAUGCAGGCAUCCCUGAUUUUCGCUCCCCAAACGGUUUAUUCCAAAGCCUCAAGCGUGAGCAUCCCAGAGAAAAUAUCACAUCAGGGCGGGACCUAUUUGAUGCUGCUAUUUUCAAGUCGGAGGAGACUAUGGCGAUGUUCUACAAGAUGAUCUCACAUUUGGCUACACUCUCUGAUGCUGCACAACCGACACCAUUUCAUGAAAUGUUGCAUAGUCUAGACGCCCGCGGCCAACUUCUUCGUGUUUAUACUCAGAAUAUUGACGCUCUAGAAGAACGUGCUGGACUCUCCUUUGGCGUACCAACGUUUCCAUCUCGUUCUCGUAAGCGAAAGGCAGAGGGAUCCCCAUCCCCAGUACGCCCUCGAAGUUCUUCAUCCGAACGAUCUAUUGCAUCCACAUCGCAUGUAUGCACUCCUCCUGGAGCUACCGCCUCGUCAAUGCAGUCUUCUCCUGCUUCGACGCCAACACCCACCCAUCAGCUACCACGUUGUGUACCUCUGCACGGCACUCUGAAGCAUCUGUAUUGUCCUUCAUGCUAUUUUACUUUACCACUUUGUGCGCCCAAUCAACUUGAAGCUCUCAAGUCGGGAAAUUCGCUUGCUUGUCCGCAAUGUGCUGAGCUUGAUGGGACUCGUCGCUUAGUCGGCAAACGUACCCGAGGAGUCGCCCGUCUACGCCCGGGAGUCGUAUUGUACAAUGAGCCCCAUCGAGAAGGGGAAGCCGAGCGCGUCGGUGAAUGCGUUCGACGAGACUUGAUAGGACUCGGAAGUGGUCAACUCAGCAGAACAAGCUCCGCGCGGAAAAAACGCAGCGGUGAAGACCUGUUAAUCGUGGCUGGGACGAGCUUACGGAUACCUGGUGCAAAAAGAAUAGUUCGGGAGUUUUCCAAGGCACUACACCCAAUCCUCUCUACCAAUUUGGAUGAUGAUGUCCAAACGCACCAAACAGCCGUUAAAACGGUCUACCUAAAUUUUGAUUUUCCCGUUCCAGCACGCGAAUGGGAUGGGGUGUUUGAUGUUUGGGUACAAGGCGACAUCCAAAUGUUUGCAAGAGGUUUCGAGAAUUAUCAAGUAGAAGCCGAGCGGGGUUCAACUAACGUCACAGGUUCCAUUAUAACUCCACAGCCGAAACGUAGCAAUCUAGACGGAAUAAGGGAACCUAGGACGCCGGCGCGCGGAGUUACGCAUCCGACGAAAUCACUCGAAGAAUCUGCUUCUCAAUCGAGGCCUACCUCCGUGGUUAGGAAACCAAAGCAUACAUUCACCCCUAAACUUCCUGGUUCACCACGCCUUCGAGCACGUGCUCUACACCCGACGUACGUAGACCACCAAUCACUGCAACAUACUUCGAGCCAGAUUAAGCAUGCUCCGGAAUCUAGCACAUGUCUAAAGAUCAGAAUUAAAAGACCAAUGGGGAUGCACACCCCGGAAGAGUCUAAACUUCAAUUACUACCGCUGCCACAGGAAAUCCAUAACCCCCUUGUACCGGUUGAUGUCGAUCAAGGACCUGGGUGA